GACGCACGCAGUCAGUGGGACAUGAGCGCUCGCUGAGCGUACAUCGUUGUGUGUUAACGGACUGUGCGACGGGGCGAUAAUGCCACCAUCGUGAUCGACGAGCGACGAGUGUGAGAGAGAGAGAGAGAGAGAGAGAGAGCGAGCGAGCGAGAGGAUCUUAAACGCCAGUCUGCUACACGCGCGUGCUACACGUCAUCGAUAUCCGGUAGCGUGGGAAGAUUCGUUGCACCGAGGACGAAGGGAAUAAGAGAAAGAAAGAGAGAGAGAGAGAAAGAGAGAGAGAGAGAGAGUCCACGUUGACUGUGAGUCGACGGUGAGGCGAGACGACCGAAGUGUCGCGUGUCGUACUUGGCCCGGCGAGAGCACAUGGUAGUGCAGAAUUGGCGCGUCCUCAUGCCGGCGGUUUGUCGCGGCUCCUCCUCUUCGCUCGCACGAUAAACCGAUCACCGUGCGCAAACGAGACAAGGUGUCCAGGUCCGAUUUCUGUUUCGUCGGUCGUUCGUCCGAUCGACUGGUCGGUCGGAAAGGACGCGCCGGAUCGCGCGCGGCUCGUCGUGCUCCUCAGUCGAGUCGCGUUCACGGGAGAGGCUCGCUUUUUCCGUCGUUGCACCGGAAAAGCUACGACGCGCGCAGCGCUGUUUGGGGGCCUAUCUGCUGCGUCGUUCGGGGUAGAGGCGAACAGAGGGGGAAAGAGCGACGUUGCCGCUGAAGGACGAAAGGACGGCUUGUUUUUCGCCUCGAGGGACGAAGGAACGAAGCGAAGCGACCGAGCGGAAUCACUCUCACGGGCGCGUCGUGCGUAGUAAGUCGUGUGGAUCCGCUUGCGUCGGUUGCCGACGAGAGAGAGAGAGAGAGAGAGAGAGGAGAAGAUAGACGGAGAAAAAACGUCGCCGGGAUACAUUCGCGGAGCGAAUCGCAGAGUGGUCAGCCGCGACGUCGUGUGCUCGCGCACGAUCGAGAUCGAGGGUGAACGAUUUUGCCGCGUAUGUGCGUGCGCGCGCGCUCUCUCUCUCCACAUCUCACUUUCGUACAAUUGAUUCCGGAGCGCGCUGAAUUGUGAUGCGAGUCGUUGACUGUUAAAUUGAAAGUGUAGUGCACGCGGAGAGUUUCUCGCAAGCGUUACGAAAAUGGUGCCACAGCAACAGGACAGUCCCUCGACCUCGGGGCUUCCUACGUUCGGAUCGUUACUUGUGGAUAAAAAUUCGGCGACACCGUACUCCGAUGCAACCCAGACGAAGAAGAACAAUCCGAACCACAUCAAGCGGCCCAUGAACGCCUUCAUGGUGUGGUCGCAGAUCGAGCGCAGGAAGAUAUGCGAGGUCCAGCCGGACAUGCACAAUGCCGAGAUCAGCAAGCGUCUGGGCAGAGUAUGGAAAACGUUGACCGAGACUCAGAGGAAGCCCUUCAUCGAGGAGGCUGAGCGGCUGAGGAAGCUCCAUAUGAUGGAGUACCCCGACUACAAGUACCGGCCGAGAAAAAAGACGUCGAAGCCGGCGCCGGCUCCGAAGACGAAGGAGAGCAAGAAACGGAAGACGUCGUCGUCGUCGUCGUCGACGUCGUCGUCGUCGUCGUCGUCAGCCAGCAGCUCGGCCUCCGGCAGCAUCCUCGGCAUCUCGCCGUUGUCUCUGUCGCCCGCCUCGGCGGCAUCCACUAGUCACAAGACGCGGAACGACACGAACAACAACCACCACCAGCCGACGCCGGUGAAGAGACUGCAGUCGCAUUCGAGCAGCAGGCCGAUAUCCAGGUUGAAGAUGAAAUUGGCGAUGGACAACGCUCACGUGGACUACACCCCCAUCGUCACGGCCAAGGUGCCGAGCAGCCCGUCCUGCGACACCCCGGACUCGCCCGAGUCCGCGAGUUUCUACGACGACAACUUCCUCCCCGAGUGCGCGACUACGUCAUCCGGCAUGUGCGGCAUGGCCGCGAAGAUCAAGCAGGAGCCGGACAUGGAGAUGGAUUAUAAGCCCAGUUUCCCGUCGAAGGACCAGCUGCUCGGUUCGUCGUCCUUGGACAUGUCGUCGGUCAUGUCGGGCGGCGGCGGCGGCGGCGGCAACAGCAGCAGCAGCAGCAGCAGCAGCAGCAACAGAAACAAGGAAUACUGUCGCAACUCGAGCUCCGGCAAUCUCGAGCAACAACAAGCGACAUUCCACGUGAAGGAAGAGCCGACGGAGCCGCGACCCUUGUCCAGGACGAGGACGCCGCCGUCUGCGAUGGUAGCAGGCAGCCCGACGACGCCGACGCCGCACUUGUCGCCGGUUCUCACAUCCACGCCGAGCAUGUCGCCUCACAUGUCUCCGGUGCUGCCGUCAGCGCCGAUCAUGCCGCCGCACAUAUCCCCCCCGGUGCUCUCGUCGACGUCGUCGACCAUGUCAACGCACGACCUGUCGCCGGUGCUCUUGGCGACGGCGAUGCCGACGGUGACGGCGAUGCAGACGGCGACCAGCACGGCGCCCAGCACGGCGACGAUGGCGGCGGCCACCACCGCGCCGUCAGUGGUCGCCACGACGGACUCGAUAGGCGUCCUCGGCGACCCGCUCACCAACGGCACCACGGUCGUGAAGCUCGAGGAGUUGAUCGACGAUGUCGACGAGCUCUACAACUUCGACCUGCUGCAGCUGCACCCUUCCGAGAUGGACCUCGAGCUGGACACCGAUCUCGAGAGGUACGAGACCUCCAGCUCCGCCAGCGGCUCGCACUUUGAGACUUUCUCCUGCCCACCGGAUGUCUCGGACAUGUUUUCUGACAUCCCCACCAUCAACACCGAGUGGCAGAUCAACUUCUAAGAAGCCGGCGAACAGGUGUCGGGAAGAAGAAACGACGGAGGAACUGCGUCGAGACGGCGACACGACGUAGUCGCUGAUACUAUUUGGUUUGUAAAUGUCUCCUUCGCCGAUUGUUGCGAUCGCGUCGCCGACGCGAAGCCCUGAGAGUACAGCCGCGAACACAAGAGAGAGCUCUGCCCGCGCGCUGUCCGAAGGUCGCGUCCGGCCCGGCGUUCGUUCCGCGAAAACACUCGACUCGAAGAGACGUCGAAGGCCGAGCGCAUCCUUAACGUGCGCGCGCGCGCGUUCCGCGCUUCGCGGUAGCGCCGUCGUCAUCGCGCGACUCUUCGUCUUUUUGUAUUUUUGCGUGCUCAAGAGGACACUUGUUCGUUCCUCUUGCUCGCGAUCCAGACGCGAUCGCGGCGCACCAUGGCGGUGUCACCGCGCCGCCGCGGGGCUGUCCUUCGCGAGAGAGUUUCAGAGAGGGAGUUUCGAUAUCCGGCCCGACGAGAUCGAGUCGCUUCUGGGUUCUGAAAGAACGCGGCCGGUAACAACUGAUUUCACUUUUUGGGUAGAGUGUCGCUGAACAAAAAGAAAGAGAGAGAGAGAGAGAGGGAAAGAGAAAAGGGUCAAAAAGGGAAGAAACAGGGUUAUAUCGGAGAGAGAGAGAGAAAGAGAGAGGGAAAGAGAGGGCGGAUGCUUGUCAAUUUCGUAGAUUUUUACCUCGCGGACGCGACGGAGAAGCGUCGAUUGCCGCAACGAGCACUGGAAUUGACAUCCGACCAGAAAGAAACGCUUGCGCAUGAAAUAAACACGCGUUAUAAUUCGCUCAAGCACACCACACAUGCCGCGGCUACUCGUCGAAAAAAAACACGCGAGAUCGACGUUUCUCCUCCUGUGCCGGUCCCGUGGUCCUCCGAUUCUCUCUCGAUCGUCGCCAGCGACACUCAUCACCCGGUGCAUACUCUCUCGGUGGAGGUUGUCACCAUCCGCAUACCGGAAUUUUGCACAAUUUCUCCGGAAACGCUGCUGUGCAGCUCGACGCGAAGCGCGCGACACGUGUCCACAGUGCACGACGUUCUCGGGCUCUUGCGUUUCUUUUCCUCUCUUUUUGUGUAUGUACUGUAGUAUACUAGCGAGUAAGACUUUUGUACGAAAAAAAUGAUAAAUAUAUAUAUAUAUAUAUAUAUAUAUAACUUAUAUAUAUAUACAUAUAUAUCGGAAGCGGGUGCGCGGUCGAGACCGCGUCGCGCGGCACGAAGGCGGGUCGACGAGAUCGGUGACAUCUGGGCGAUCGGCGCGACGUUGACGAGCGCGAGAUACGCGCCAAGUUGGUUGUUCGUGCGAAGGGAGAGUGAAGAGGAAGAGGGGUAGAAAGGCAGGGAGAAAAAGCGACACUCUCGACUCGUCUUGUCGCCGCGUGCUCGGCCUGCAGCGGCCCCCGCCUGUUUGUUGUGUAUAUCGGCAUAGACACAUGUAACGUUAGUAAUAUAUAACUUUUUGUAGCAUAAGCGAACGAUACCGCGGAUAAUGGCGGAUGAAUCGCGCGCGGCGCCGGCCGACCGACCGACGUUCGCCGCUGAAGUCGACGGUUUUUCUCGUCCACGAGGCGACCCCCUCGUUCUCUUCGGACUUGCCGGCACCCCACGUGUUUCACGCCCGGCCGCGGGAGACCGUUUCGGUUACCUCCGACGGCUUCGCGGAAGAAACAGUGGGCUUCGCGGCUUUAUUUUGAAGGCUCCGCUUUUUUUCCUUUGGAUCGGCUCGCGUCGUCGAGCAGCGUUACUUCUUUUUUUCUUUUCUUCGCGAGAAGGAGCGGGAGGGAAUUUCUUUUUCUCUGUUGCGAUUUGUAGUUACCGUGCUCUUGAUUUGCUGCACCCAUCUCGCUCUUGUCUCACGAGCGGACGCGCAGUGACGCGAGUCGUGAGGGCGGAUCGCCAGUCGACAUGUGUGCCACAUGGGAGUCGCGAAGUCGCCUCGUGGAGUGAAGCCGAUCGGCUCGCUGUUGGAUAGUGAGUGGUUCGACACGUUCCGAGAUUCGCGAGAUUCAUCGCGGGCGAGAGAGAACAUCGUCGAUCGGCAGGCGAGCACACACACCGCAGAGACGCGCUCGAUGUUGCUCGCUGGGAGAUAUAAUACAUGUUACGCUAACGAUGCAGAUGUUGAGGAGUGCGUAAUGUGCGAAGUAUCGCGCCGCGACGAGAGAAUGAGUGAGUGAAUGCGUGAGUGAGAGAGAGAGAGAGAGAGAGAGAGAGAGAGAAAGAGAGAUUAAUCGCUUCGUUCUCUCUUGCGAAGAGCAACGACGGCAAUGACGAUAUCGACGCGCGCUUUUUCGCGAAGAGCACGUCGUCGUCGUGUCGUCUGGUUUGGGCGGAAAAGUCAGUGAGAAAAAGAUCGAUUGGCAUGCCCAGUGAUUGAUCGAUACGCGUGCGCGAACGCUCCCGAUCUUACGUGGAUCCUCGUCUCGAGUCCGUCGGCUCGCCAGGCCGACGAAGUUGGUUCUGUGCGAUGGAAUUGUGCGUCUGGGCUGAGCGACGCGAGGAGGGAAGAGACGGACGCGCGGCAGGAUGUUCACGGGGGGUGUCCUCCAAAUUCCCCCGGAGCAUCCUCGCGCUCUCUCUCGACGGUGCUUCCUUCUCUUCGGAUAUCCACCGGGAGCUGCGAGAUUCUCGGGUCCUCGUCGUCGAAUCCUUCCCGGAUCAUCAGCUCUCUCCAAACGAUCUGCGAGCCGAGGCACGCUCGCGGCUCGAUCGCGCAUUAAUGACAGUUGACGGUAUUCAGCGUAUCGAGGAUAUACGCACCUCGAGAGAGAGAGAGAGAGAGAGUCCUUCGAUCGCGCGAGGCUCCGAGGAUCUUUUCGCUACCGGAAGGUCGGCUUUCGCAGAAGGGAAGGACGCGGUUAAGAGCGAACGGCUCGCGACGACUCGAAGGGCCAGCGCGCCUCCUCGGGUCUUCGCGUGCGAUUUCGUCGAGAGAAGAGUCAAGAGGAACGGCGGGGCGAGAGGGGGGGGGGGUAGCUCGUCUCUCUGGCCGAAAAUCAGGCAGGGAUGGCAGUAGAACGCGUGCGUUUCUCCGAUCGAUCGUGCGCGCGAUCCGACGCUAGAUCUAGCGGUUAAGAUCCAGCGGCGACGGCGGCGAUCGAUUGAGCGAGCGUGUUGAAGUGAGACGAGGUGAGAGACGAGGCGACAUAAGCAAGCGAGGCAAGCGAGCCACGCUUGGUCGCGCGCGCGGCUAUAUCGAUAUAUCAAACUCUUGAUCUCAUCGUGUUUUUUAUACUUAGUUUUAUGUAGCGAUUAAUUUUUAACGAGAUAUAUAUAUAUAUAUAUAUAUGUACAUGUAUAUAUAUAUUCGUAAAACGGUGACUAUCGCCAAUCGAUACCAGCGAACUCACUACCAUUGUUUUCUUUUCCUUUUUCUUUUUUUUUUUUUUUUUUUUUUCGUUCAUUUUACUGUCCGUUGAGGUCUCUUUUUUGCGCCCCGUCCCUUUUUCUUCCUCACACGCAUUUUCGAUUAUUAACGUUCGUAUUGAUUAACGUUACUUCCCCCACCACUACGUGUUUAUUAUUAUUAUUAAUAUUAUUAUCACAACUAUGUUUAGGAUUAUAAUUAUAAUAUUAUUAUUCUUGUUUUUAUUAUUAUUAUUAUUAUUUCACUUAACCGUAAUAUUAUUACUUUCUUCGCAACAUUAGCAUUAGAUGAUUAUUAUUACUGUUAUCAUUUUGUACUACUCCGCUAUUACCGCCAGUAUGCCGUCUCUAUCGCCGGCAGGAUUGCCUUCGCCAGGCGGAGGAAAGGAAGGUAGGAUAUCGGAAUUCGGCGGCGAAUAUCUCCGUCGAUCAGCGCGAAAGGACGAGCGACAUGCGUCGCGGCGCUCAUGAUCGGUGCAUGAAGGACGCUCGUCCUUUGACGUUCGCGGGAAAGAAACGGGCGCCCUCGUGAUAUUGUUAGCAGCGUUAUCUCUUCGGUCGAAGGGUACAGAUAAGAUCGCUCUCGGCGAGAAUUUUCGCACUCUCCGGCGGGGGGGUUCCGCUUAUCUUCUUCUCCUUAUAUUUCUUUUUCUUACGAACGUGGGAUGACACACUAUAGCGUCCUGCGCGUCGUGCUGCGCGCCAAUUAACGCGUGUCGCACAGUGCUAAUCGUUGGCCGCCUUUUUCUUUUCCUCUGUUCUCGUUCGGGGGACAAUCGAGGGCGGACAGCUCUCGUUCUCGGCGAAGGGACGAGCGGCGUUUGGCAGUAGAAAGCGAAGGUUAGGAAGGUCGAGGGACAAGAAAAAGAUUAAAAGAACCGAAACGGACCUGCGAGAGGGGGGAGGGGGGCAGGGGAAAGAGAGAUACAACAAGAUACAAAGGAAACACAGUGCCUAUCACUCCGGUCUGGAAAAACACGCGUACAAAAAUCAUAUACAGGGCCAAGAAGAACAAAAUAUAAAUGUUAGUGUUGAUAGCUAUUUACACGAAAAGCGCAAUAACAAUUAUUACGGUUGCUCCGAAAUUCUCGUCUCCCUUAACUUAGGCCACUCAGGCUCUCAGGAAGCUCAGAGGGAUGAUCGGAUAUGUUUGAUUGUCGGGGGCGAGGAGGAGGGAGGGAGGACCGGAAGAAGAGCGCUGGAACAACCAGAGAGAAGAAAACAAGGGAAGAUUUCGCGACAUCGGGGGUGGGUGGCGGGCGACGGAGAAGAGGAUCGUCGUCGUCGUCGUCGCGGGGAGGCGGCGGCUGCGCGCUUCGAUCUCCCUCGCGGGCAACAGACUGCGUCGAUUCCGAUCGAGUUUCCUCGUCGCGGGCGCAGCGUCACAUAUCAACGAGCAACAGCCGCCAGUACUCGCCAGCUCGCAUUCUCAACGAUCGCUCGUAGUCGUAGAAUGUAAUCACGAUACAUUGUCGCGCGUCACGUCGCCAAGAAGAACUGCCAGACGCGCAACACGCGUCUCCGUAAUUCGCGUAUAAUAAACGGCCAUUCUCCAGCGCUCGGGACGAUUCCUUUUCUUCACGAGGGAGGGACGUGUAGAGGCGACGAGUGAAAAAAGAAAAAAGAAAAGAAGAAGACAUCGAACCGCGACGGUGACGACACCGCCGCCGCCGUCGCGACACCGUCGCCGCCGUCGCGACACCGUCGAUCCAACUCUCCUCGGGGCCGUCGCGCUCGUACCCAAGAAAUUGAUAGUCCGACCUCUCCGCUGCACGAAGGCGCACCAGCGGACGUGUUGCUCGACCUAACACGAGCUGUCGAAGCGGCUUCUUCGGGACUUCUUUGGGCUGCCGAAGGCGACGGUGAUGAGUCGUCGUGCGAUGAACCUGAAUUCAAAUAUCAUAAAUUACUCGAGCAAUUUGCAGCCGAGUGCACGCGACGGUGACGAAGGGCACUUGUGCAAACAGUGAACGAGAGAGAGAGAGAGAGAGAGGGAGGGAGGGAGAAGAAGGAAAGGGCGAAGCGACGCUUCGCACGGGGAAAGAAAACGAGUCCGCGCGCCGCCGAGCUAGCUCUCCACCUUUUAACGCUUAAUUCUCCUCCGCGACUCGCUUUGCGGCUCCGUGAAAGCCAUUGUUCGCACGUGGAUAGAAAUCGACGAUAAGGACGGUACGCAACGCGCAUCGCCGCGCGUACACGUUGUGUGUGUGUGUGUGUGUGUGUGUGUGUGUGCUGUGCGUGUGUACGUGCGCGUGUCGUACAGUAGUAGUAGUAAUAGCAACGGCAGUAGUCAGGUCUCUCGCAGUGUGCUCGCAGGCGUGAGCAGCCCCGUGAGCGACCUCUCUCGCGCUGCUCGACACGGGAUUAUAGGUGAACGCGCGCUCGUACGGAUACGCGGGGAGGCAGGACGAUGAAUUUUCUCGUGCGAUUUCGACGACGAAGCGGCUCCGAGCGCGCGCAAUUUGGGAAACGGAGACAGGAGCGGGGAGCGAUGUUAGCGCGAGCGAGUCGGGCGACCACGAAGAGCGAUUGCUCGAAGCCCGAUGGGAGAUACGCGGCGACCGCGGACAUAGGAGAGGAGAAAAAGGAAGCGACAGAGAGAGAGAGAGAGAGAGAGAGAGAGAGAGAGAGAGAGAGAAAGAGAAUCAGAACGAAAAGCACCGGCGAUGAUCGCUAAUUUACGAGCGCUUGUGAAAAAAUUGGGUUUCCGCGGUAGAGAGAGAGAGAGAGGGGGGGAGGGGGGGAGGUACGAAGAACACAAUCUCCUGCGUUGGACGCGAUGUAUCGUAUAUCACAGAGUUUUUCCGACGCAAAUGAUAAUGCGUGCAUCUUUUCGACCGGAGAAGCAGGAAAAAAAAGAAAGAUCGUUCGGCACGCGAAGAACCGGCUCGCGUGGGUCAUUGCAUUAUUUUUCUCUUUCUAUAUUUUUUUCUUUUUCCCUUUGGCACUGUCCGAGGUUCGAUCAACUUUUUCCGCGUGUUCGUAAAUUUAUGUCCGGCGCCGCGUGAGAUUGCAUUAUUAUUCGCCAGGUGAAACUUUGUCCCAACACGCGUCCGUAUCGCAACCGCAAGUUCGCGUUUAAGACGAGAGGCAGGCGGGGAAGGAACAGUAAGCUUGUCCUCCUCUCUCUUUCUCUCUCUCUCUCUCUCUCUCUCUCUCUCUCUUUCUCUUUUUUGGGCGGAUAGUGGGAACGGGAAUUUCGUGUGUGAGCGGUGACAGCUCUGAAACUGUAGUCGAUGGAUAUAUAUAUAUAUAUAUAUAUAUUAUAUAUAUAUAUAUAUAUAUAUUGCAGGAGCGACCAAGGAAGGAAGGAAAUUAACAGACAAAUGUUACAAAGUAUAUAUAAAUAUAUAUGAGACAGAAUACGUAGUUGUGUAUGUUAAAAGAAGAGGAAAAUAAAGAGAGACGAGUCGCGGCGCCAUGAAGAAUGCAAGACGAUGCCAACGUUUUUACUUGUUUUGUGUCUCAUUGUCAUGUUGUUUUUCCGGUUUCUCUGCCAAUUUUCCGUAGAAUUUUCCGUAGAAUUUUCCGUACCCUCGUCUCGCGCCGGAGGGUGGGGGGGAGAGCGCGGCGAAGACUCUGAUUCUCAGUGCUUCCAUCGGACUCGGCCGCUGGAGAUUCUCCCCUUUGGGUUUCCACCUCGGUGGCAAGAGUUACGCGCGGCAGUGCUUCGUGAAGGCCGGACAACUUCGCGCGACGAUUCCCCCUUAUUAACCCUCGCUAAAACGUGACUUCUUUUGGCUUCCGGGGGAGAAGAAGCGACAAACGGUGGGAAACGGCGCAGACAUCGAUCGCGGGGCGCGAAUCGAUGGUUGGAUCUCGACUCGCGAGACGUUCCGUCAUCCUCGAGCGUGCGUUGCUCGCUGAGCGUGAGUGCAGUUUUUUUCAAGUUGCCCGACGUGGCUUCAAAGGCUUCGAAAAAGGUCCGCGGGAAGGAAGCUAAACGUCCUUCGGACACCCUUUAAACAGAGAAGGUUCAUGGUGCUGUGUGAGGAAACAGAACACGCGCGACUCGCGUGUAUUCUCGGUUAUCACGGAACGCGCACCAGUUGUGACGAGUCGUUUCUCCCGAUCGCGCUCGUAUUUUCUUGCUCUCUUCGCACCGCGCGCAACCGCCUUCUGUCUUUUAUUACGGGAAUACCGCGCCGCUAAGUCGUCGGCACGGCUCUGAGAGAUCGCGCGCGAGCGGGGGAGCCUUUCCUCCCCAUUGUCCGAUCUCCGAGAUGAACGUGUCUGCGUACGUGCCGAACGUCGCGCGCGUUCUCCGCACGCAUGUAAUACACGGCGGUCGCCGUGUUGAAAACGCGCGGCAGGGAGACGCGGGGAAGCGCCCCGCCUCCGCUUUUACACAAAUCGCUGCUCAAGUAAAUCGUAAGCCGUGUGUGUAUGCGUGUGCAUGUGCGUGCGUGCGUGCGCGCGCGCGCGCGUGUGUGUAUGUGUGUGUGCGUGCGUGCGUGUGCGUGUAUGUGUGUGGUACCGCGCAUCGGCGGCCGCACCGAGUCGCAGCGACGACGCGCCCCGAUGUGUUUGCGAUUAGAAUUUUUCAAUUUUCGACGAAACUUCAUUGGUAAAUACACUUGAACACUUAGGCGCGCGCGCACGCGCGUUCACACUCGAGCCAGACGUGUUCGCGAGUCGCCGCGAUGAACCGUGCAAUCGAACGUCGACGCGAUUUUAUCGGAUGUGCCGAGACGUGUUCGUUGCAAUGAUUAGAGUUUCUGUUCUUCUUCUUCUUCGUUGUUUAACUUGGAGAUUUUUAUCGUAUGAUGAAUAUCUGUAAUUUAAUGAAAAUUAUGUUCAACUUAAUUUAAUUUAAUUUAAUAAAGAUUGUAGAAUUCGUGUGCGCUCGAGUGCGCAGCGUUUAAUUUAUUUAAUCUCUUUAAUUUAAAUUGUAGUCUUAAUUUCUUUGCUGUCGCGCGACACGUGGACGUGGAACGCGUAAGUGUGUUGUUGUUGAGAUCGCGACGGUUCUCGGACAGACGGCUCGGGUGUGCGCGCGCGUGUGAUACUCGUAUAUAAAUUUUAUACAUACAUAUGUAUACAUACGAUUACCAAUAUGCAUAUACAUACGCGUGUGUGUGUGUGUAUGUGUGUGCGCGCGCGCGCGUGUACGCGCGCGCGUAUUUGUACGUAUGAACGAAAACGAUAAUAGGUGUGUAGUAGUUUUUAACAAAUUCUUAGCGUGUAUAUAUGUCCAAUUGAGAUGACGUCGCCGGAGGGGGGACGAGAAGUGAGCGGUGGUUUUGAUAUUUCGAGGGCGCGCCUCGAUUAACGACGCGUGCCGCAGUUACAUUUGGUGUACAUGUAAUGAGGUUUAUCGAGAGCUAAUUAUCGUUAUCACCUAUCGGUCGCCAUUAUUUACGGUUGACGUGUAAUAUCUAUGGUCGGGUAAUGCAUUCGUGUACCUUAGGCAUUUGUCGCGUGACAUGUAAUCGCUUGUAUAUCGAUAUAUGCGAACGCCGGCAGGUUUUUCCGCAUGCUUUCUUUCCUUUGUACAAAACACCAGCGCAGACCAUUUUCUCGACGGUGCCGUUGUCGUUGUUCCGAAUAAGAAAGAAAAACGAAUUGUAAAAAAACGCAGCCUUUCGCAAAAGGGAGAGAGAGAGAGAGAGAGAGAGAGAGAGAGAGAGAGAGAGAGAGAGAGAGAGUGCGAGGAAGGGAGAGAUUGAGAGAAAGAGCGAGCGAGAGAGAGAGAGAGAGAGAGAGAGGGAGAAAGGGAGAGAAAAUACACCAAAGUGCAAUAUUAUACUCGUGCGAAGGCGAACGUUUCGCUCCGAAAGCAAAAUAGAAUUCACCUCUAUCGAAAUACGUAACGCGCUGAAAAAACCUGAUCUCAGCCGCGAGAUGUCUAUUUUUCAUGGCGAGAAAAGUCGAUAUAUUAAA